CAGAGUGUUUGCUGCUGCCGAUCAGUGUGUGUGUGAGAGAGGGAGUGUAUGUGUGUGUGUAUGUGUGCAUGCAUGCGUGUGAGUGUGUGUGUGAGGGGCCAGAUGCCGGGGCUGAUCAUGGACACGAGUUGAGGAGAGGAGAGAGGAUCCGCGCCGGAGUCGAGCAUGCCCAGCGCGAACGUGUCCGUGCGAAGUUUGUCCGAAGUGGAGAAAUACCUGAGCAGCCGGGCGGAGCAGAGUGCUGACUGCAGUAUCCAGACCAACCCUGGAUCAAUGCGUCGAGGCUCCUCAGAGAACAAUCUGGACUUGGACCUGAGCGAUGGCGGUCCCGGUUCUGCCCUGGGCUUCGAGGUCCAGCGGAGUCGCUCCUGCUUGGACAACCUCCAGCAGAAGAUCCUGAAGGUCACGGAGCAGCUGAAGAUCGAGCACACGGCCCGGGACGAGAACGUGGCGGAGUACCUGAAGCUGAUGAACAGCGCCGACAAGCAGCAGGUGGGGCGCAUCAAGCAGGUGUUCGAGAAGAAGAACCAGAAGUCGGCGCAGAACAUCGCCCAGAUGCAGAAGAAGCUGGAGCAGUACCACCGCAAGAUGAAAGACAGCGAGAUCCAGCUCAGCCCGUCUCCGCACGCCCACAAACACAGCACCAUCCCCAGGGAGUCGCCGCGGGAGCUGCUGAGGGACAUGACGGGCAGCGGCCGCCACCCCACCAUGGACAAGAUCAAGACCAUCGGCCCCGGCGUGUCCCUCUCGCCGCCGUUCUUCUUCAGCAAGCCCCGGGAGUUCGCCAACCUCAUCAGGAACAAGUUCGGCAGCGCCGACAACAUCGCCCACUACAAAAGCAACAUGGACGCCUCCCCCCCGCUGCCCGCCGACAGCGCGGCCAAGGGCCUGAGCAGCAGCACGUCCAUGGUGGGCAAGCCCAAGUACCCCAGCGACGACGAGUGCUCGUCGGGCAGCGCAUCGAUUUCCGACGGCAACGGGCUCUCGGCGGGAGCGGGAGCCGCCGCGGGGCCGGCCCCGGGCCCCGGGCCGGGCCAGCAGACCCCCGGAGACGCUCCGGGUCGACUCGCCCUCAGCCUGGAGGAGGUGAGGGAGAUCAGGGAGGCCCAGAGCCAGCUGGAGGAGGACAUAGAGGAGCUCAAGGUGCAGUUCAAGAGAGAGUACGGCAUCAUGAGCCAAACCCUGCAGGAGGAGAGAUACAGGUACGAGCGUCUGGAGGACCAGCUGAACGACAUGAGCGAGCUUCACCAGCACGAGAUGGCGAAUCUGAAGCAGGAGCUGGCCAGCAUCGAGGAGAGGGUGGCCUACCAGGCCCACGAGCGGGCCAGGGACAUUCAGGAGGCCCUGGAGUCGUGUCAGACCCGCGUCUCCAAGCUGGAGCUGCAGCAGCAGCACCAGCAGCAGACGGUGCAGCUGGAGAGCCACGACGCCCGCGUGCUGCUGGGCAAGAGCAUCAACAUCAUGCUGGCCAUCAUCACCGUCAUCCUGGUGUGCGUCUCCACCGCCGCCAAGUUCGCCGCCCCGCUGAUGAGGAGCCGCUACCACGUGGUGGCCACCUUCCUGGGGGUGUUCUUCCUGACCGUGUUCUGGAGGAACUGGGAGCGUCUGCAGUACGCCAUCGACAGACUGCUGGUGCCUGCCGGACAGUGAGGGCGCCGUCAGGACGGGACUGUCUCAGAGGAUUGGUUGUACAAUCGUCAGAAGACACGAUCACCACGCGUUUACUGAAGUCGCUGGUUUCUUGUUUUUGUUUUUUUUUUAGAAAUUGGAUUUAAAUGAAAUUCUUAUGAUUUUAUUUGUUUCUCGCUCUUUUCUGAGCCUUGAAUGUGUGUAACUAACAAUUUCCUCUAAUCUUUCAGAAUGAUAUUUAUAUAACAGUAAAUUUUGCUACUUCUCCGGUGAUUACGAUGAAACGGUCAGGAGACGCUAACAGUCCGUUCAAGUAUUAGCAGAGUCGACUCAAAGUAUAUUUUCACUGUAAACCAUACAGCGACAUGGAGCUCACCGUUACAGGAAGAACAGUCGCAGGCGAUGCAGAUACUGGCAUUUCUGUUUUUAGGUUUUGUGAAAUGUAAGCAUCUGGUGAACUGCAGCCAUGCACCGGAGCGAGACGCCGCCUGCUGGCCGUGGCUGUUCAUUACAACCAGGAGCCUGAGAGGACCAGUUAGCCACAUUAGUUCAUUCCGGAUUCAGAAUCAGUCGUUUUGCUUAAUUUUAGUCAAAUUGUUUUAAAGGUUUUAGUGUUGAUGGGAAGAGUUUGUUCGAUUUUAACAAAGCAGGCUAAACGUUUCCUUGUGUUUCUCAGAUGUGUGUUUUCAAAGUGUGGGGCGGCCGUCAGUUCAUCGGGAACAUUGAAUGGAAAAAAAUUGGGGGGAGUCUAUUUCUUCUUUCAAUUUUUGAAGGAACUAUGAUAAAAAGAAGUAAAUGAAGGGUAAAACUGCUAAUUAUUUCAUUAAAUCUCACAUUUUUACAAGUGAAUUCAUGAAACGUGUAAUAGAAAUGAUUUCAUUCUACAUUAAGCUGAAGUUCUCUCCAUAUAAAGACUGACCAGACAGUUUUUUUUUUUUUGCCAACACACAUUAAUAAUAUUUUAUUUUGUCACUUGGGCUCAUCUUGUCACACUUUGAAAACCCUGGCUCUAAAUGAACAGCCUGCUUGAGAGGUGAAGUAAAUUUCUCUAAACAGAGGCAGGGUGAAUCUUAUUUUUGACAACAUGUCAUCGUCUUCAUGUCUUGCCCUCUCCGCCCUGCCUCGGCCUUUAACCUCUACGUUUCACAGUUAACUGUUCUUGAUGUAUAAAGUGCAAUAUAUUUGAUUUCCUUAAGCACUGUUGUUGUCUUUAAAUGAUUCUUUUUUUUUUGGCGUUAAUGUUGUGGAGCCGCAGGGCGUCGGGCUGCUGGCGAGCCGGGCAUCAUCAACGCUGGCAUGAGAGAUCCAUAACCACUGAAGCCACUGCUGGGAUCCCCCGGGACCAGCUGUCUCCUCUCUCAAGGGCCAAAAAUCAAUCCCAGUGCAUUACCGUGCCACACGGAGCCACUCACUCAGCUCGCCGUGCGCAGACGUCUUACUCGCUCUGCCCAGUUUUCGUGUUCGUCUUUCACUAAUGUGACGGAGAGGCGAUGGUUUAUACUGUGAUGCGAAGCUUUUCUCGGAGCGAGAAAUGAAACGACCCUGUUCUUUUGUUGCUUCUGAAGGAGCAACGAGCGACUUUCAGCUCCUCUCUGUGGAUAAAGAGCACAUCUCCAGCUCUGUUUGUUUCAACUGACUAAUGUGUUUUUCCUUAAAUAUUGCCUAUGAUUUCACAUGAAGCUACAGAUGGACCACUUGUCUGCCAUAAUGAUAACACACUUGAGGUUUGUCGUUGUUUUUUUUUGUUUUCUUUUUUUUUUUUUUGUUCUACUGUCGUCUUUUUAUUUUUUUUUUUUAGUUCCUGUUUUGAAGUUUGAGGAAGUUUUACAUGCAAAACUAUGAUCUGGUUUACAUUCUGUUUCAGCUCUGGUGCACCGUGUGAUCAAUCGUUUGCAUUACCAUGCAUUACGUGCCUUUGUCUGACAAUUUCUGUUAAAUUAAACGUCUUUUUAAUCA